UCUAAUGCAGCUUCCUGUAGCUGUGCCUGUCUUUGUGAUUUGAUCGCUAUUCGCUAGUGUAAGUGUAGUCAUAGUUGUUGUUAUACGGAACAAACUGCUGCUGUCUCAGCACUUAAUACCGUGGUUUCAUGCAGGUCUUAGUGUUACAGAAUAUCACUGACUAUGAACAAGAUGAAGAAGAAGCUGCCUGAGCAGAUCCUGAAUCACAUCCUGGAGAUUCUCUACCUGCUGACGGGAGAGCGUGUGACUAACUCACUGACAGCGAGUGACAUGACCGGGGACAAGAUGACGACAGAGAGGAUACUGACCCACACCCUGCAGAUCAUGUACCUGCUGACAGGAGAGUGCUGUGUGUUUCAGGUGCCUAUAAAGCGUGAUGAUGUUGCUGUGUAUUUCUCUAUGGAGGAGUGGGAGUAUAUAGAGGGACACAAGGAGCUUUACAAGGACGUCAUGAUGGAGACUCACCAAGCAUUAAGGACUAUGGAGAUCCCAGGAAAUGAGAGCUCAGGUGAAAAUGAUGUUAAGAUUUCAUGUAACACGGAACAAACAGAAGAUCAGUGGCAAAGAAAUAUGCCAGAUGCUGCAGAGCAGGAAAUAUGUGACAAUAUAAGUACAGGUGAAUUCACAAACUGCAAUAAUCCUAGUCAUGAUCAGAGUGCAGAUGCUUCUUUACAUCUUCAAAAUCAAAGAAGCCACGUGGGAAAUUUAUGUUCUGACUGUGGGAAAUGUUUUCUUAAGAAAUCACAUCUUCUUAAACAUCUAAAAAUUCAUAGAGGAGAAAAUCCAUUUUCCUGUCCUAUAUGCGGGAAAUUUUUUAACCAUAAAAGAAAUCUUGUUGCUCAUCAGAAAAUUCAUACAGGAGAAAAAGGAUUUUCAUGUUCUAACUGUGGGAAAUGUUUUAAUCAGAAAUCAAAUCUUAUUACGCAUCAGAAAAUUCAUACUGGGGAGAAAGGAUUUUUAUGUUCUGACUGUGGAAAAUGUUUUAACCAGAAAACUCAUCUUCUUAGCCAUCAGAAAAUUCAUAUAGGGGAGAAAGGAUUUUUAUGUUCUGACUGUGGGAAAUGUUUUACUCACAAAUCAAAUCUUAUUAGGCAUCAGAAAAUUCAUACAGGGGAGAAAGCAUUUUCAUGUUCUGACUGUGGAAAAUGUUUUGCUCUGAAAUCAACUCUUCUUAGCCAUCUGAAAAUCCAUACAGGGGAGAAAGGAUUUUCAUGUUCUAAAUGUGGGAAAUGUUUUACUCAGAAAACUCUUAUUAGGCAUCAGAAAACUCAUAUUAAAAUAAAUUAGAAUUUAACCUCCUAA